UAUUUAUAACAACACCGUGGUAGUUGUGGAACUACUUCCGGGUCAAGCAAGACACUUCCUGACAUAACAUUCCCGGUAUACAUAAACAAGUCUCGUCCUCUACGCGGUACCGGCUCCAUGUCCACCGCGGUGCUCAUCGCUGCUGUGGUCGGCGGUGGGGUUCUGUUCCUGAUGCGCCGCCUGUUCCCCCGACAGAAGGCCGUUCAGCUGCUCAGGUUUCCCGCUGACACCAUGCUGGGGAAGACGGUCAUCGUGACCGGAGCCAACAGCGGCAUCGGGAAGGCUCUGACCGGGGAGCUGCUGAAGCUCCGAGCCCGGGUCAUCAUGGCGUGCCGGGACCUGCCGAGCGCCGAAGAAGCAGCUCGGGACAUCCAGAGAGGAGCUGCAGUACAGCAGGGAGAGGUGGUCAUCAAACACCUGGAUCUGGCUUCCCUCACAUCAGUCCAGGCAUUUUGUGAGGAAAUAAAGAAAGAGGAGCCCAAGAUUGAUGUGCUUGUCAACAACGCAGGCAUCUACCAGUGUCCCUACACAAAGACGGAGGAUGGCUUUGAGAUGCAGCUCGGAGUAAACCACCUGGGUCAUUUCCUCCUCACUCACCUGCUGCUGGACCUCCUGAAGGCCUCGGCUCCCAGCCGCAUCGUCGUGGUUUCCUCUAAACUCUACAAAUACGGCCACAUUAAUUUUGAUGAUUUAAACAGUGAAAAUGGCUACAACAAAGCGUUUUGCUAUAGUCAGAGCAAGCUGGCCAACCUGCUGUUCACACUAGAGCUGGCGCGUCAGUUGGACGGCACAGGGGUCACCGUCAACGCCCUCACCCCGGGUAUUGUGCGGACCAGACUCGGCAGACACGUUCACAUCCCUCUCCUGGCUAAGCCACUCUUCUACCUCGCCUCGUUGGUCUUUUUCAAAAGCCCACUGGAGGGAGCUCAGACUCCACUCUAUCUGGCCUGCUCCCCAGACGUGGAGGGAGUGUCGGGGAAGUGCUUCGCCAACUGUGAGGAGGAGAAGCUGAUGUCCAAAGCUACAGAUGAGCAGGCAGCCAAGAGGCUGUGGGACAUGAGCAGGAGAAUGGUUGGAAUCGAAGACUGAACAAAAACAAGCUCAGAAUUUAGCAAUACAUGGGGUUUUGUUGCCUUUAUUUAGAUGAGAAUCUUAAAAACAUUUUGUGCCAAUUAAAAAAAAAGAAGAAUUGUGUGUUUGUGAACUCCACAAAAAAAAUCUCAAAGCUUCUCUCAUUUGACAACAUUCUUGUGAAAAGGUCUCUACGCUGUGUGCACUUUUAAAGCUGUGUUUUUAUUCUUAUGUAACCUGCAAAAGUGCAUGAAAAAUCAUAAUAAAAUAAGAAAUUAUGUGUAUAGUUGUGCA